CCCUCUCUGCGACCGCUCUAGCAUUAGAUAAAUUCGCCGUUUCGAGGCUCCUCGACAUCAUCCCGUCGAGUUCUUCUAAAAACAAAAGGCAAAAAUCCAGUCGAAUCUCCUUACCUGACUCCAUGUCGUUGCGACGACCCUCUGCGUCCUUAGGAAAGGCCGUGGCGCAACCGCCGAAAACAGGUAGCACUUACAAGCCCAUCGGACUUGAGAAUUUCAUCGCCCAGGCUGUCGCCUCGACUGACAACCCAAAAAUUAUAGUCUCUUCUUCAGAUCCAGGUACAACAAAGAUAAUUGAAGGCAAAACAAAAACAGAUCAAAUCACAGCAAAGAUAAUUCAAGAUGAGACCUUGGAGACCAUUGAUCCCCCGGUGGUUUCAAAGUUUACUGAGCUCAAACUGUCUCCUAGAAAGGAAGAUUCAGAUGAAAAUUUAAUGGAUCAAACUGUCAACUCGGACGGUGAAUUGUUUUUUAAGGAGGAAGAAAUGUAUGACGAUGAUGACGACGACGACGACGAAGGCCCACCUGUUUGUCAUAUUUGUUUGAAGGAGAAUGAACACUGGACACCUGAUUGCCCAUUCUUAGACUCUAUCCCAGACCCUAGACACACAAAGGUUGGAUUUGACUAUAUGAUCGUCUGCAAGUGUCACUAUACGCGGGAUGCCCACGACGACGAUGAUGAUGACUGGGAAGCGGUAGCAGUGAACGACCCUUAUGCUAUGAUGGCUAUCCAGCCUGCAGACUCCGAAUCUCUCUUACCUGACUCCAUGACGGACUUACAGAUGCACGACAUGCCGCCCCAAGAGCCGGCGCAGAUCCGACCCCGACAUCUCCUCGACCAGGCGGACUCCUCGACUGGCCUACCCACAAAAAACAAUUCAAAUUCAAUCCCGUCAGAUUCACUUAAGGCUGCUGAAGUCAUGGAUGUAGUCAAGGAAGACACGGAUAAAGUUGUAUACGACGACUCUUAUUUGCUUUCAAUUGCAAAAGAACUGGACUUUGAUGGUGAAAAUGUUUGUGAUGUUUGUGAGAGGAAAAAUGAACACCUGACGCAUAAAUGCCCAUUCCUUCAGUCUAUCCCAGACCCUAGAAACACAAAGGUUGGAUUUACUUAUAUGAUUGUCUGCAAGUGUUGCGAUGAGCCUGAGUACCACUCCGAUGAUGGCGACUGGGAAGGGAAAGCAGUGCUUGAUCAGGAUGCUUUUAUAUUUUUAUGCAAGGAUGGGGAUGAUACUAAGAUAACUGAUGUUUCGAAAGUUGAAACUCUCAAAUCACGGCGGAUCAAAGAUCCAGAAUUCGGUCGCCGAUAUUUUUUUAGGUCCAGCAAGGCGGCAGUUUGAAUUGUGCUUUAUGUUACGAAUGAUGUCCUUGAUAUAUUGAAGAUAUUUUGGUUUUUCUAUUGGUUGUGGUUCCUGAUUGAAUCUUUGUGUUUGAUCACUUGUUGAUAUGAGUAUUUGAAAAUGAGAAUUAGUGAACAUGCAGUAUAUGCCAUUAUAAUGGGAACUUCAGUUGCAUUG